AAAGUCAAAAAUACACUCAUUUUCUUUACACAAAACACUAAACAAAAUGGCCCUUUCUUAUUCAGUAGCACCAACGCGUGCUGCACCAUCCCAAAGUCUUAUUAAGUUUCCCACAUUAUUAAGGGCUAACAAGUUUUACACCAAUCAAAUAAAUGUGUUUGCUAAUAGAGGGUCACACUAUAAGGUGGCCUCACCUUCAUCUCUCACUGUGAUUAGUAAGAAGGUGGAACCAAUGGAGGUUGUCUUGGUUGAUGGUUUUGAACCAGCGUCCAUCAACCCACCUAAAGACUUAAAACGAUCGGACUUCCCUUCUUGCUUCAAAUUUGGUGCCUCCACUUCGGCUAUUCAGACCGAGGGAUCAGGCACUGAAGGUGGAAGAGGACAAAGCACGUGGGACUUUAUGAUUCAAGCAGACCAAGGAAGGAAAGGAGUGGAUUCUUACAAUAUGUACUUGGAAGAUGUAAAGCUAUUAAAAGCAAUGGGUAUGAAUUCUUAUCGUUUUUCCAUCGCUUGGCCCAGGAUACUCCCUAAGGGUUCAGAAGAAGAUGGUCCAAUCAACCAAGAGGGAAUUGAUUUCUACAACAAAUUCAUUGAUGCUUUGAUAGCAGAAGGAAUCGAGCCUGUUAUUACAUUAUUCCACUUCGAUCUUCCUGUUGCUCUUCAGAACAAGUAUCAUGGCUUUAUGAACAGUCAGAUUGUAGAGGACUUCAAGAAGUAUGCUGACAUAUGUUUUGCCAACUUUGGUGAUCGAGUAAAGUAUUGGUCAACAAUUAAUGAACCCUAUGUGUUUGGGUCAUUUGGGUACAAAAUGGGGUUGCCUAAUGAUGGUAAGAGUGAUCUUGGCCCAUUUGUUGCCACUCACAAUAUUAUCUUAGCUCAUGCUGCUGCUGCUCAAAUCUACCACGACAAGUACCAGAAAAAUCAAAAAGGCAAAAUUGGAAUUUCACUGCCAUGUAAAUGGUAUGAGCCUCACUCAACCAAUCCUACGGACGUGGUUGCUGCUCACAGACAAUUGGACUUCAUGCUGGGAUGGUACAUGGACCCAUUUGUUUAUGGUGAUUAUCCAGAGUCUAUGAAAGAUUCUAUAAGAGAACUCCCUAAAUUUACCAAGGAGCAAAGGAAGAUGGUGAAAAAGUCAUGUGAUUUCAUUGGUGUCAAUUAUUACACAGCGAGAUUUGCCAAGCAAACCACCAAGGUAGAUCCACAAAAAGGGAAGAUCAUCGUCGAGUACAUUGAAGAAUUAGUGAAUGCGAAUGGAACUAUAAUUGGAGAGCAAGCGGAAGGACAAGCUGAUAUCUAUGUAAAUCCUGCCGGUCUAAGGAAUUUGCUUCUUUACAUCACAGAAAAAUAUGAUAAGCCUGAACUUUUUGUAACUGAAAAUGGUAUUCCUGCAAAGCCUAUAAUCACAGGUUCUGUUAUGGAUUUAAUCAAAGAAGGGAAAGUUAAAGAGUUGAAAGCUGCAUUUUUUGAUGACAAGAGAAUCUCACACGUCGAAGAUCACCUUACUGCAAUUCGUGAGGCUAGAAGGCAAGGGGCAAAUGUGGAAGGAUACUUUGUAUGGUCACUUAUGGACAAUAUGGAAGUGGGAGCAGGAUAUGAUGUUCGCUUUGGUCUCAACUACACAGAUUACUAUGACAACCUCAAAAGAUACCCAAAGAAGUCUGCAAAAUGGUUUACUAAUUUCCUCGCGACACCUCCCAAGAAGAACUAACUCUAGAGCUAUUUGUUAUAUGCAAUUGUCUUGUGCUAAAAUGAUCUAAAUCGUCUGGGUCAUAUAUUCUAUUACGUUGCAUAAACUAUUUACUGAUUUCCUCACGAUACCACCAAAUAAGAAUGCUAUUUGGUGAUAGUGUUGUGAUUGUGUUGAUCUAACUGAUCUCAAUUGUUUAGAUCAUAUUUACGUCCUUUUUUUUUUUAAAUUUAGUUGUCAACUCUUUCUUUAUUAAUCCCGAUCCUUUUGGCAUUCCUUACAUAUAUGGGAGUCUAAGACACUCAUCUACGUAGCAAAGGAUACAAUGCUCUUACUACAACUUUAAUCAUUUACAUCUACCUUCGCAUUCAU